AUGGUUUCCGAUCCCUCCGCGUCUUCCUCUUCACUUCCUGACACCAAUUCUGGCGCCGUAUAUCGCCUCGUGCGUACCCUGAGUGGGCGGAGCGCGAAGGGAACCUCAGGGGAACCAGGCGUCAUCGGAGACGUACCAGCGGUUCCGCUUAAACAGACGAUUAGUGCGACUUCGGCAUCUUCAGACACCGCGAAGAAGCGUCGACCGAGUGUUGGAGAUCGUCUGAAGAAGUUGGGAAAGGAGCUGCCUCUGGGCAAGCUCAGGAAGGUCGCUGGGUACGGUAAAACAGGGCUCGCGUCUCCAAGGAUGAGUGCAGAUGGAACACUUCCAGCAACUGCCGACGAGGAUACACCGUCCCGCACCCAAGCUAAUUCGUCACCAGGCGCAGGUCCGAGUUCUGCUCAUACGAAAAUGCUCAGCAUGGUCGCGGAGCUCGACGAGCCUUCUUCAACCAUUGUUGGAAGCCCGACUGUCGUCGCUUCGCCAUCGGAGGACAGAACGCCAACGGCGCAAACCCUUGCACGGCGCAUCCAGGACCUCGUCGACGCUCUCCCCUUCCCAUCUUUCCCCCACUCGCCGUCCGAACUUCCACCGGUCAAACCCCCUAAACCACCAGCGAGGGACAAAGACGGCCGCCCCAUUCCACCUCCGAAUGCUACCCCCAUCAAGGAUUCCAGGCUGAUUUCCUUCCUCUCGAGUGCCUCGAUCAUGAACGGGACUCGGAGUGAUGGCAGUCGACGACCCAGCGUUUGGAGCGUGUUGGAAGGCAUAGGUGUGCCACCGCAUGGAUUCCCACCUACAGGCGACGAAGCAGAACGGGGUGGGGACGGAGAGACGAGGCACGACCCGAAUGACGACCAGGACAUGUUCUCCGAUAACUCGAGCAUCAUGGUAUACUCUCCGCUCAUCCCAACAAGAGACUCCCAUGUCGAGCUCGCCGAGCUAGUGCCGGUCUCCAUCGAAGAGGAGGUCGUGGAGGAAGGGUCGCUCCAGGCGGGCGCAUCAUGGACUUCUGUGUGGCCUCUGUCGAUCUUCUCCGGGGCCAAGGCCGACGACGCACCGCAACUGCCUGUUGCCAAGCGUCUGUCCGGUGAAGUCGUCAUCUCUCCGCGGAGGACGAGCGUGGAUGAGACUGGGAGGAGGAUCAGGACCCAGACAGUACGGGCUUGGGUUCCUUCAGAUACCAAGCUGUCUGUCCAGGCGAUGUGGUGGGGCUAUCGACUGUAUCUACCACCGCCAGUGCUCGCCAUCCUAAGCGAUAAAACCAUCGAGGCGGCGAAGCGCGCUGCAAUGAUCACCACAGCUCUGACAUGGUUCUUCAACAACCUGCCUGUUAGCUCUCUGCCUCUGGCGGUUCAACCUGCUGCGCUUCUCCUUCGUCGGCUUGCACCUUACUUGGGGUACAUCGGAACGUUUAUCUCGUGGUCCUGGGGUACAAUCAAGAGUUACGACAUUGGUUUCGGAGUUACCCUCACCGCUACAUGGCUUCUACCCAUUGCUCUCAUCCCAGGUACAUGGCAUGAGUACGAUUUCCCGAAGUCACCUUCACCACCUCCAGCAGCACCGUUGCCACCCACUGACUCUCCAGCACCUACCUCGCCGCCCACUUCCUUGCCAACCUCGCCGGGCUCUCCUUCGACAACUGACCCUUCUUUACCGACGUCUCCUGCACCUACGGAUCCACCGAUCGGAACCCCGGCUCCAGCGACGCCUAUUCCCGAUUCAGGUUUACCGACGCCCACUCCAGACACGACUCCAAUACCUGAUCCAUCGUCUCCUUUUGUGUCGUCGCCAGCACCCUCAUCGGCAGGUGGAAGGUGGAGGUUACCCAAAGGGCCCACGUCGCCUCGCUCUUUCUGGCCCCGUGCUCUCUCGCCUUCUCGCUCGUCCUCAUCCUCCAACCUCCCUACGAUUACUUCUCAGACCACUGAGAGGCAGACGGUGGAGAUACCUGUACCGCCGACGCCUCCUGAACUCCCGCCCGUACCACCCAUCCCGACCGAACGACCCAAGCCUGCCGACAAGCAAGGUGUUGUUGUGCUGGAGGACGUCCCAAUUGGCUCGCCCCUGAUGAAGGAGCUGCUGAAUGGACCGGUGCUGGGACCGGUGCCAUUGCCUGAUGAGGACGCUCCCUCACCUGCAGACGACCUGAAGGUGAAGAAGAAAGAGAAAGGGAAGAAGGGAUUAUUUGGAUUAGGUGCGAAGUCGGCCUGA